UGAUAAUUAUUAUCCUCGAUAACAAUGUUACCAUUUGAAACGCCAACAAUAUUUGAACAAUUGCCCAGGUUUAUUUUUAAAAUGCCUCGAGUGGUUACCGAUCAAAAAUCUAAGUUUGAAUCCGACGAACUAUUUAGGAGACUCUCACGCGAGGCUGAGGUUCGAUAUAUUGGUUAUCGGGACCGACCACUAGAGGAACGGCAGAUAAGAUUCCAAAACGGUUGCCGAGAAGGACAUACAGAAGCGGCCUUUAUAGCGACGGGCACUAACUUACAACUUAUGUUUAGUCCCUGUGCUAAUGGCUAUAGCGAUGGAUGUGAUUUCGAUAAAGAACAGGGAAAGGUUCAUAUAAAGUCAUGUAUGAUAAUGAACGGCGUAUGUGUCAGAUGGAGGGGUUGGAUAGAUCUGGAAAGACUUGAUGGCGUUGCUUGUCUUGAAUACGAUGAAGAGAGGGGUGCUUUAGAAGACGCCAUAUUAAGAGAUCAAAUGGAUAGAUACAACUCGCGGAUGAGGGAACUGGAGGAAAGACAACGCAUUUUCAAAGCAGCUCAAGAAAGACAGGCAGAAGCCGAAGCAGAGUUACGGAAGAAACAUCACACAGAGUUAAGUCCUGAAAGGGCCGGUUCUGCCAGUAAUUGACAACUAUUAUCAACAUUUAUAUCAUAUAUAAAAUCAAUUAUAAUAA